AUGACAGCAUCUAGAAUUGGAGCGGUUAUUCGGAAUGACAAAGGAGAGGUUAUGGUAGCGCUAUCGUCUAAAGGCCCAAUGAUGACUGAUAGUGAGGAGGCAGAGGUGUUGGCAUGCAGGAAAGCUCUGGAGUUCGUGGUGGAAGUUGGUUUCUUUAAAUUAGUCAUUGAAGGAGACAACAUCAACGUUAUGCAGAAAAUCUGCAAAAUUAUGGAUGUAAGCUUUCCAUUAAACAGUGGCAAGAACCGAAAGUUCAGAAAGAAACAGAAUGCUAAGAAGAGAAGAAAGCAAAUUGACGAUUUACCUGACCCAAUUAUUCAGCACAUUUUGUCAUACCUUUCAACCGAAGAAGCUGUUAGAACAAGCAUAUUAUCAAAAAGAUGGAAAUACCUAUGGACAUCCAUCCCCAAACUCGAUUUUGAUGAAGGGGCACUGGAUAGGAGGAUGAUUUCUGUUGUGAAGCAUAAGGUUCAAGAGUUAGAUCUGUAUCUUAUAAACUUUCAAGAACCAUUAGCAUUGCCGCCUUGCUUAUUUACUUGUGAAUCAUUAGAAGUAUUGAUACUUCACACGUUCCACUCUCUCAAGCUUCCUUCAAGCAUUAGUUUUUCUAGUCUCAAGUUUUUGGCUCUUGAGAAAGUUAUAUUUUCCGAUGAUCAUUCAACACAACAGCUCUUUACGGGUUGCCCAAUCCUGGAGGACUUAUCUAUAAUUGACUGCAUUUGGAAAAAUGUCAAGGCUGUUUGUAUCUCUUCUCCUAUGCUUCAAAGGUUUUUCAUAACUGAUACCUACCUAUUAGAUGAUGAAAAUGAUGAUAAAGAUGACAUGAAUGCUGAGGCAGAUGAUCAGAAUGAUUUUAAUGGUUGUCAAGUUGUGAUUUUUGGAACUAGUUUGAAAUCCUUUUCUUUUGAUGGUCAACUCAUAAAUGAUUAUUGCUUCUACAACCCAUCCUCAAUAGUUGAUGCGUCUAUUCAAUUGAACAAAAGAGACGCAGAAUAUGAUUUCCUAGAUGCUCAUCGUGUAUUUAAGCUUCUUAGCGGGCUUGGUAAUGUGGAAAAGCUGACACUAGAUGUUGAUGCUCUUGAGGUUCUCAGUUAUGCAAAAGAGUUAUUUGCCCAUCUGCCUGUAUUUUAUAAAUUGACCCGUCUCAAUGUCGAAAGUGGGUUUCCAAUAGAAUUUGAUCUUGAGGCACUGCUGACCAUAAUCCGGAACUCUCCAUGUCUUAACUAUCUUAGUUUUGGGACGGUCUGCCUACCCACAUAUUGUGGAAAUCAUGAUUUGAUAAUGAACCCAGUGCCUUCAUGUUUCGUGACAAACCUCGAGACUAUCGAAAUUUUUGGCUUUCGUGGAGCUGAAAAAGAGAUGCAUGCAGUAAAGAUUUUACUUGGAAGUGCGUCAGUUUUGGAGAGGAUUGUCAUUAUCUGCGAUGAAUUUUAUUUCGAAUUCCAUGGGGACUUAGAGAAGAAGCAAAAGGAAAUUUUUGAACAGAUACUGUUGUUCCCCAGAGGGUCAAGGAGCUGUACAGUUCAUUUCCUUUUGGGUAUUUGUAAGGCUCCGCGUUAUAGUGGCUAACUGACACAUGAAAAAUUAUGCCAUAUUUUUAAACUUCUUUAUUAACCUUUUGCCUAUGUCAUCUUACCAAAUAUUGUGGUUCUUUCUUUGACUCAAAUAAGCAAUUUGAUGUGGAGGUUGCUCUAA